UUAAUGCACCACACCAUGAGUUUAUUUCUCCUGAACUUAGUAUAAGUAGAGAUGAAAGCAAGAGAGAUUGAAUAUACACACAUUUAUAUAUUAAUCAGAGUUUAGGGAAAAUAUAUAACAAGAGAGAUACUUGAUUUAAUUGAAGGGGAAAUUAAAAAAAAAUGGGAAGUAUAAAAUGGGUAUCUGUAAAAGAGAUGAAGAAGGUGAGCUGCUUAGUAGCUCCAAUGGUGGGAUUCAUGAUUUUGCAGAGCGUUGCACCUGUUGUAUCAGUGAUGAUGGUGGGUCAUCUUGACGAGCUCUCCCUCUCUGGUGCUUCCGUUGCCACUUCCUUCACCAAUGUCACUGGCUUCGCUUUUCUUUUUGGGAUGGCAUGUGCAUUAGAUACUCUCUGUGGACAAGCUUAUGGAGCAGAAGAAUAUGAAAAACUUGGAAAUUACACAUAUGGAGCUAUCAUUUGUCUGAUUUUAGCUUCUCUCCCAAUAUGUGUUGUAUGGAUUUUCACAGACAAAUUGUUGAUUCUGAUCGGCCAGGACCCUUCUAUCUCCACUGUUGCUCGUAACUUUUCAAUCUGUUUAAUUCCCAGACUGCUUGCUUACGCAUUUCUCCAGCCAUUUUCUCGUUUCUUGCAGACUCAGAGUUUAAUCUUGCCUCUUCUUUUCACCACUUCAGCGACACUGUUUUUCCAAAUCCCACUCACUUGGAUUUUCCUCUUUAAACUUGAUUUGAAAACUAAUGGAGCUGCUUUUGCACUCAGUAUUUCUUCGUGGUUUAAUGUUUUUCUCUUGGGAUUUUAUGUCAAGUUUUCUAGUAAAUGCCAAACAACUCGUGCUGGUAGCUCCCCACGUCAUCUGUUGCGUGGAAUUAUUCAAUUUCUUCGUCUUGCUCUUCCUUCUACUGCAAUGGUUUGCCUUGAAUGGUGGUCGUCUGAGGUUCUCAUCUUACUAUCUGGUCUCUUACCAAAUCCCAAACUAGAGACUUCAGUUGUUUCUAUAUGCUUCACAAUUAUUUAUAUCCACUUCUAUGUAACUUAUGGAUUUGGUGGUGCAGUAAGCGUUCGGGUUUCAAAUGAAUUAGGAGCUGGUAAUGCAAAGGCGGCUAAAAUGGCUACCGCUUCAAUAUUAGUUCUUGGAAUGUUGGAGGUGAUUUGCAUAAGCGCUGCUCUUUUCUCUUGCCGCAAAAUUUUGGGAUAUGCAUUCAGCAACCAGAAAGAAAUUGUGGAUCGUAUUGCAGAUUUGAGUCCUUUAAUGUGUUUCUUGAUUAUUAUUGACAGCUUCCAAGCUGUAUUUUCAGGAGUUAUAAGAGGGAGUGGAUGGCAGGAUAUUGGAGCAUAUAUAAAUUUGGGAGCGUAUUAUCUCAUCGGAAUUCCGGCGGGUGCGGUGUUGACUUUCGUUUUGCAUUUGAAAUCCAAAGGCCUCAUGAUCGGAUUCUUCGCCGGAGCCGUCGUCCAUGCGGCUCUUCUUGCUCUCAUUAUACUUUUCACGGAUUGGCAAAAACAGGCAUCCAAAGUUAGAGACAAGAUGCUUCAAUCACAUUAAUUUUAAACCAUUUUAAUUAGUCAACUAAUUAUAUAUAUAUAUAUA